AUUUGUAAUAAAGUUUUUAAUGCUAAAAAAACAAAUUUAUUGAGUGGUUUGAGAAAAAAAGAAGAAGAAAGGGAGGAGUGGUUAGCUUUAUCUUCUUCGCUUACCUAAAAAAGUCUUGAGAACCAGAGGGGAAGCUUGUAGAUGAAUCAGACGCCAAAACCCGUCUUCAACUAAUAGCUUAGCUCUGUCGAGGUCUGGAGUGAUCAGGAAUGGCUAUAGCUCCAGCCCCUCCUCCAUCUUCACUACUUCCCCAACCUUCCUGGUUCACUCCCAAAAGGUUGCUUGCAAUUUUCUGCUUAGUCAACUUGCUAAAUUAUGUGGACCGUGGAGUUAUAGCAAGCAAUGGUGUCAAUGGGAGCCCUGGAAGUUGUACUGAAGAUGGUAUAUGUUCAUCUGGCACUGGCAUUCAGGGUGAUUUUCACUUGAACAAUUUUGAGGAUGGUGUCAUAUCAUCUGCUUUUAUGGUUGGGCUAUUAGUGGCAUCUCCCAUUUUUGCAUCAUUAGCAAAGAGUGUCAAUCCCUUUAGGCUUAUUGGAAUUGGAUUGACAGUCUGGACUUUGGCAACUGCUGGUUGUGGGUUUUCAGUGAACUUCUGGUCAAUUACAAUAUUCCGCAUGUUUGUUGGUGUUGGUGAAGCGUCUUUCAUAAGUCUUGCUGCUCCUUUCAUUGAUGAUAAUGCCCCUGUUGAGCAGAAAGCGACAUGGCUUGGAUUGUUCUACAUGUGUAUUCCAGCGGGCGUUGCCAUUGGCUAUGUCUAUGGUGGAUUGGUUGGAACAUAUCUAACGUGGCAUUGGGCUUUUUGGAUUGAAGCAAUAUUAAUGCUUCCCUUUGCUAUUUUAGGUUUUGUAAUGAAACCAUUACAAAUGAAAGGGUUCUCUCCAAUUGAAUCAGAAAAAGUAUUGGUAUCUGCUUACUUGGGAGAAGAAGUUGCUUCAAUUGGUAAAGAUGGUUCCAUUAAUGAAACCUCUAAAUCUUCCAGGGAAAACGACGUUGGUAUUCAUUCAGAUAAUUUCAUGAGAGUUUUUAAAGACGUCGGAUCUCUUUUGACUGACAAGGUUUAUGUUGUGAAUGUUCUAGGAUAUAUAGCAUAUAAUUUUGUAAUAGGCGCAUACUCCUAUUGGGGACCAAAGGCUGGUUACAACAUAUAUCAAAUGAGCAAUGCGGACUUGCUAUUUGGAGGGAUUACAAUUGUAUGUGGAAUAUUUGGAACACUGGCGGGUGGCUUUGUUUUGGAUCUCAUGACUGCCACUCUAUCUAAUGCUUUCAAGCUUCUUUCUGCAGCGACGUUUUUGGGUGCAAUAUUUUGCUUUGCUGGCUUUUGCUUUAAAAGCUUAUAUGCUUUCAUCGUCCUGUUUGCAAUUGGUGAACUGCUUGUGUUUUCCACUCAGGGGACAGUGAACUAUGUUUGUCUGCAUUGUGUGAAGCCAAAUCUGAGACCGUUAUCCAUGGCUAUAUCCACUGUCUCCAUUCACAUAUUUGGAGAUGUUCCUUCAUCUCCUCUUGUUGGGGUUCUCCAGGAUCAUGUAAAGAAUUGGAGGAUUACUGCUUUGGUUUUGACAUCAGUCCUGUUUCUGGCAGCUGGAAUAUGGUGUAUAGGGAUUUUUGUUCACAGUGUGGACAGAUUUUAUGAGAAUAGCGAAAACCAUGCAAACACAACAACACCCUUCCUCAAAGAAUGCACGACAGAGAGAGCGGAAUCGUCUGCAGAUCCUUAGUUGCUUUUGCAGGUAAAAGAACUGCCAAUCAAAGCAAACACAUAUAUAUAUAAGCUGCUACUUUUGAAAAUGCAAAUGCAAAUUUAGCUGCAUUUCAUCACUGUUUAUAAACUACUACUGUAGUUUCUACACACAUAUUGCUUGAAAUAUUUCUGUAUGUGUUGUGUAUGGCUGUAUCUAUCAAUAUUAAGGCACCAUUUGUUUUAGUUUCAUCCUUGAUUCCCAGAAUUGGCUUCUCAUAAUCAGCUACACUCACUUACAGCAUC